GUGAUUAAAGUGACCACCUACUGUUUACAUGUUGCCCAGCAGCAGGACAUUCAUUUGACGGUGACAGACUCCAGACAGCACGAACUCACCCCAGACUCAAAUAUGCCUGUGCAGUUCCUCACCAUCCGCGUUGCCAGUAUUAAUCCCUACGUGAAGGCGUUUGAUAUCCGGUUGAACUCCACAGAGUAUGGGGAGCUCCGAGAAAAGCUCCGUGCUCCCAUCAGCAAUGCAGCUAAUGUUGUGAUCCAUCAAAGCCUUAGUGAUUUAUUUCUAGAAACCUUUACGUCUCUGGUGGAAAUUAACCAAACAUAUCCUGUUCCAAGCACUCAGGAGCUGGAGCCGUGCAUAGGGUGUAUGCAGACUAUCGCUAACAUCAAGCUCAUCAAGAACUGCCAGGAGCCAAGCGAAGGGGAAUGCCAGCAAUGCUACUGUCGUCCCAUGUGGUGCCUCACCUGCAUGGGCAAAUGGUUUGCCAGCCGACAGGAUCAGCAGCACCCAGAGACCUGGCUGUCAAGCCAAGUGCCUUGUCCGACGUGCCGAGCCAAAUUUUGCAUUUUAGAUGUUUGCAUAAUACGAUGAAUAAUACUUGGGUAUGUUUUAACUUUUUUAAUUUGAAUGUAUUUCGUAGUGGGUUUGGUUAAAAGGCCUGUCGGAUUUGUUUUUGAGACUUCACGUUCUACAGGGGUGCAAACUCCACAGCUUUCUUUUAUGGUGUUGAAAAGAGAUGUGAAUCUUUUCAGUUCCUCUCCACUUUUACCCGUAUCUUUGGGUUUUAUUCACUAGAUGUCAGUUUCUGGAAUAUUUUUUUUUUAACCCUGUUUUGCUUCCUUACGUCUUAGAUGGAAUAAGUGUAUCCCUCUAUAUUUGCAGUACUAUUCUCUUUUCCAGUUUUAAUGUAGGUUAAAUUCUUUAAAUUUUUACAUUUAACUUGGGGUUUGAUUCUUCAGUAAAGGGCUAACUGAGAAAAUUAUUUUGGUUAGACUUCAUUGAUACUUUUGUUCUUCUUUAAUCCAUUUGUGAAGUCCUUACAAAUCGUUGCAAGUGUUCACUGAACAAGUAUACCAGUUGCGUUCCUUCUGCUGGUCCCCUGCUUAUAAAGGGGGACGAUUUCUGUAAGCUAAGGAAUUUAAUCCCUGAAGAUGUACAACCCCAUAGGGACCUUUUAUUCCAUUAAUCUGCCUCUAGCUUAUUUUUUUGAUGGAUGUAUUUAUUUCAAACAACAGAAGGAUUCAGAAACAUACCCCAUUUACCUACACUGCUAAUGCUAUGCAUCGUUAAAUCUGUGGGUUUCCAGGAGCUAUAUUGCUUAGGGUUUCGAUGCUCUUCAGGUGAUGGGCUUUUUUUUAAUAUACGUUUGAAGGGAGUGCAGCAAACAUCUGAACUAGGUACUCUGGAAGAACGCUCAGCUGUUUCAAAGCCUGUCAGCUUUUUCUGAGGGGUAACCUUCCCCCUGCAAGGGGUGCCAGGAUCACGGAUGUGUAAGUUGUCACACUAGAUGCCCGAAGAACGGCCAUCGUUAACGGAAGUUUUUCAGGCUUGCAAUUCAAAGACGAUCAUAAGCACUAGUCGCUGUGUUAAUAUUCAUAGGGUACUGAUGCACGCUUCGUGAUCUGAUCCGCAUCAGAAUAAUUUGUAAAUUAAAAUCAAAGCAUUUGCCAUCCAUUUAAGAGAGCCCGACUCCUAGACCUAAAUGCAGUGCUUAAUUUUCUCUCUGUCCAUCACAACCCUUCAAUGAACAAUUAUUUGGCAUACUGCUUGGUGGAAAGCUUCCAGCUGCUGGAGAAUGUGUGAGUUCUUGCACUGACCUGUGCACCACUGGGGCUGGGGUGCAGGUAUUUGUUUCCUUGGGUUGUCCAUCUUACAGGGCUAGUAACCUCAGGCAGACAGGUAGGUCAAAGAGCGAGAGAAAGCAAUUAUUUUAAUGCUUUGGCCUGGGAGAAUAAAAACCCUAACACCUCCCACCAUAAUCAGAAAGAUUUUAUCAGUAAAUCACUAGGUUAGAUGACAUGCCAGUGGUUAACUGAAAACAUCUUGAUUACCGUGACAGGGAAAACUGCUUUGAGCAGGAAUAGGUGGCAGGAUGUUAAAAACCGUGCAAGUACUAGAAGCACAACCAAGAUCCCAUUAGAGUCGCAGCCUUAGCUACAGGCUGUGUGGUGAAUGCCCCAAACUGUGCCUAGAGCCAGCCAGCCAGCCAGGAAAUGGUUACGGAUGUGGCUGUAAGCCGUAUUUUGGAGAGGGAUAAGGAAUUGAGAAUAGAUUUGACAGCAUCAUUUGAGAACUAAUUGUUGGUGUUGGUUUUUUUGUUUGGGUUUUUUUAAUAACAUGCACUUACAAAAGUCCAAACUGUUGGGGUUUAAGGACACCAAUUGCUUGAGCACAUCUCAGCUGUUACAUAUACAACAUGUACUAUGCAAUUAUCUAUACUACCCAUUGAUAAGGGUGAUUUUUGGUUUUUGUUACCUUUUGUUUUGGGUUAGAGUGAAAAAUUGACACUGAGACUGGAUUCAUCUCUCUUUCCUUUCAGGACAAGGGGUAAUGGAUUUAAACUAAAUCAGGGUAGGUUUAGACUAGAUAUAA